AUGGUAGACUCGCGAUGCCACUCAUUCGAGGAUGUUUCCUCAGCCCACCAUCACCGCAUGUCACUAACCUCUCUCUCCCAAUAUGAGUCUCCUCAGGACAGCGGGCCUGUCAUCCUCACCGAAUUUGCAACUAUCAACUUACCCCUUUUGGACUCACCUACCAGUUCUCAGAUAUCAUUGACUCUCAAACCCAAGGCGAGUGCAGCCAAUGUCACCACACGCUUAAAGGAAAACAGAAGCGUGGACAGUCCUCCUCCUGAGCAAAGCCGAAGCAGAGUGAGAGGAAAUUUCAACAGGCAAUUGACACACGGGACUUUCACUGGUCUGAUAUCUCCAGAUAGAUUCAUUCCAAAGCGAGAGUUUACGGAAACGCCGUCCACUCCCUACCGCAUAAACAAGUAUGCAUAUCAGCUUUCUCCUCGUGAAAAAGUCGUUCGGCGACGCCUGCUUGGCGAUGACCCGUUUCUUUCAUCAACUCGACGGCCAUCGGCACUUCACGGGCAAAGACCUGCAUCCGCUAGGCCGCGGCAAAGACCUUAUCAACAGCCUCAUCUGGUCACAGACUCAACCAUCAUGGGGGCAAACAGUCGCAACGACUUCAUCCGGCAAGUCAGUGCAAGGGCUGUCUGGGGCGUUGGGGGAACCUCUGCCGCCCUCGGAGAUUCUUCAACAGUCGCCCCGGUCCCGAACGAGACAAGAAGUGUUUCGAGCAGAGGCUCCUCGGCUCCGAGAUUCGUCGCGAAAUUCUUACCAAUAAAUACCAGGGCCGAUGAUCAGAAUAAGCAUGAAUCCAGAUUAGCCCUCGCAUUGGAUAUUGACCCAACGACCAGGCUUCUUGGAACGUGUAUGAGAUGCGAGGAGAACGCCCCCAGUCCAGCAUCACCGGAUUAUGAGCGGCUUUCACCGUUUGUAUGGAAAGACAGUACCUGGAAAAAGGUUGAAAUGGAGUACUACGAUUUCUACUGCUCCACCCUUGCAUACUCGCUCGCAGCUGGCGUUCUUGCCGUGGGCCUUGCCCAGUAUGUUUACUUGUGGUCUGAAAGCUUUGCUGUCGACCAUCCACCUUUUGGAGAUGUCCAUCCAUCCAACUUCGUGACGUCUUUGUCAUUCUCUUCUGAAAAUGGAAGCCGAAGCAUUCUCGCAGUGGGCCGUCAGUCUGGUCAACUAUCUCUGUGGAGUGUCUUUGAGACCAAGGUCCGCUUUGAGGUCAGCCAUCCCAACAGCAUCUCGUGCGUCUCGUUCAAGCCCAAAGUCUCGCAAAGACCUUCAGAGCGUUAUUCGAAUUUGAUGGUGGAGGUGGAGGAUCUCGCCGUUGGUGAUGAAAUGGGCAAUAUUUGGUAUUACUCGGUCGAGUGGCCGGAGAUUCACAAUAAGUGGAGCUGGACAGGCUCGAUGACUCUUCUCGCGAAGAUAUCCGCACAUUCACAGCAAAUCUGCGGGCUCGCGUGGUCUCCCGAUGAACGGUUCCUCGCGACUGGAGGUAAUGACAACGUCUGCCUACUCUUCGAGUUGCCUGAGAUUAUUCCUUCACCGGCUUUACCUCCUUCACUGGUGUCAGCCUUGUCGGGUGAUUCUUUAAGAAAUAUGAAUGUCCGCACAUUCCCAUCCCUCAACCUGGGGACUACUCCCCAGCAAUUACUCGGUCGACAGCAUAUCGUUAGCCAUCUGCUCCCAUCGUGGGUUCAUCCCCCGCCAAUAAAGCCUUCCAUGGCGGUACCUCUCAUGAGCCAUGCGGGCACCCUGAUCUCAGGGACGGGCAAGACCGUUCUGGUUCCUUCUAACCGUCAGAAACACCGCUUGGCGCACGCCGCGGCAGUCAAAGCAAUUGCAUUCGCACCCUGGCAGCCCUCGCUUCUGGCCACUGGGGGAGGCUCCAAUGAUCGAGCGAUCCACUUCUACCACACUCGCACUGGAGUAUGUCUUGCUACCAUCAAUGUGUUCGCGCAAGUCACCAGCUUGAUCUGGAGUCAGACCCGGCGUGAAAUCGCAGCAACCUUUGGGUAUGCCCAGCCCGACCACCCGUUCCGGAUCGCCGUCUUUGCCUGGCCUAGUUGUACCCAAGUUGCUGUCAUCCCUUGGGGGCCAUAUGGAACCAGCUGGGAUGAACUUGGUCCUGAGCCUAGUUACGACUGUGGACGUGCGCUUUGGGCUAUCAGUUACCCAGGAAAAUCACCCGCUCUGUCCAGUAUCGAACUCGAAGGCCCCAAUAUCCUCACUCCACCUUCAUCCCCUCCAUCACGAUCAACUAGCCCCUCGCCUCUCAGCUCGCAAGUGUCGGGGCAGGGGAAUGCCUCUACGAUGCGUCGAAGGGGCCCGCGAGAGGUGCGGCCGAAGGAGAAAGAGGGCGGAAUGUGGUGUACGCGCACCAUGGAAGAAGGAUGCAUCAUCGUCGCGUCUAGUGACCAGACCGUCAAGUUCCAUGAAGUCUGGACUGGGCGCCGCAAGAGCAUCGGCAUCGGAUCUGCUGCUUCUGGGCUACUCGGGGGCAGUGAUAUUUUGGAGAGCAUGGAAGGCAUUGAAAAGCCUGGUGGGGAAAUCAUUCGCUAA